GCAGGCUGGAGUUUCCCUCCACAUUGCUGAGACAUUUACUUAUUUCUGCGGGCAUCUAGAGGGUGAUAAUAUCUAAAGGAGCGGUGCAGGUGUCUCUGACACAAAGAAGGAGAUAUGGCAGGGGACCUUGUGGUUGGGAUGAUCUAUAACUUAUUACUACCACUGCUCCUGCUGAUUGCUUCUUCAUUCCGCUACAAUGGUCUGUCAGUGGUGUACUUCCUGUUUUUGCUCACCUUGCCGCUGUUGCCGAACCCGAGCCUUGUCACCAUGAAAGGUAAAACAGGUCAGUUCUUGCGGCUGAUCAUCUACACCAGUUUGACUCUCCUGUCCCUGCAGUGCUUCAUGCAGAUCCCCUUCGCCUAUAUCCCUCCACAUGUUAGUGGCCACUGGGAAGAUGUCCUUUACCAUUUGGGCAUUGUAAGAUUCAGCUCGGUUGACGCUGGGAACAUCGUGCGACUCCUGGCCCCAGAUGUGUUCCUACUCUUCUCCUCUCUCUUUGUACUGAGGCUAUGCCGAAAGCUACUGCGCGCUGUGCCACAAAUCAGUUUGCAUGAGAACGGAAUACCGCCGCCUGACCCUGAGGAAGCGGAAACCUCUGAAACUGAGUCUGAUGGAGGAAGUGACACAGAGGGCUCGUCCUUUGACAGCUCAGAUGUGACCACGAUGCCGGUUCAGUCGGGUCCGCCCCAGUUUGUCCAAAAGCUGAUAGUGUUUGCAGCUGGAAUGAGGCUGCUGCUGUCAGCAAUCAUGAACACAGCAGGGAAAGUGGUGGUGACCUUGCUGCUGGGGCUGGCAGGUACAAUACAGCAGCUGGUCUGA